UCAAUUGUCAAUGAAAAAUCAUAACAAACAAAACGUAAAAUUAAAAUAACAAUUUGAAAGAGUCGGCAGUCGCUAUCGCUUAAUUCUAAAUAAUUAUAAAAUGACUACUACGUGUAAAUAUUGUAACGAACCCGAGAACAAACAGGACAGGCCGGGCUUAAUAUGCGAGAUUUGCAUAUGUUUCGUUCACUUGGACUGCCUCCGUCGUGGGAGCACACCGGGAGACUUCGCCUGCGAUGUGUUCUUCGACUUCACUUGCGAAGAGUGCUCUCCGUCGAAGGAGGAGGUGUUUAAACGCAAUAAAUUUGCUUGGGUCAACGUCCUCCUGCUGACACUGAACCACCUCAGUAUCCACAUGCAGGGCAUCAGCAACCAUGGCUUCUUCCACUACAAGACACACAUCUGUUUCUUCAUUGACAGAUACUGGUCACUGCUGUUUGGACCCAACUGCAAACAGAAGAAAAACUGGAUAGGCACCAUAUCAGGUGCACUGUCGGUGUACAGCAACCUGUUCUUCCGCUCGGGCUCCAUCGCUCUUGGGGAGACAGGCUGGUGGAAGCUGCUGCAUGCAUUCUCUCCGGCUGUCGCUGCACACAUAAAUCAGGAGAUGGCCCGAGACAGACCAAAGGGUCGCGCCCGGAACCAGCUCUCCCUGGACAAAGGAUUGUUUGUCUCCAAAGUUACUCUAUUGGGCUACAAGGAUCUCAUAACGGACGUGGUGGAGGUGCCGCUGAAGAUGGCCGAUGGCUCCAGCAAGAAGAGGCGUCGUCUCGACACUGAUGACACCGCGCCUGCUGAGAGCACUGAGCUGUUCGACCCUGAAAAACUGCAAGCCACGCGCACGCAGCUGGGCGGCAAGGAGUGGGAGGAGACGCUGAGCAUGGACAGCUCGCUCGUGUACGUGACGGCGCGCGACAACUACACCGAUGUAGAGAGAAUCUUCCGCGGCUUCUUCGCGCCCACCUCGGUCCCUGCGUCUGUGCUGCAGCCGAGCGAUACCUCAAGUACCUUAUCAAACUGCGAAUCGUUCGGCUCCCACACACCUGCCGAACCGCAGUCCGAGGACGAAAAACCAGGGGAGCUGAAGAAAACCGACCAAAAGCCCAAAAAACCCGACGAAAAACCAACCUUCCCCACCGAAUCCCUAUUCUCUUCACUACCAAAUUCAACUGAUAUGCCUUGGAUAGAAAAAGAAGAACCUAAGGACAAACCGGCAUUAGUCGAAAUGACGCCGUAUGAAGAAAUACAACUUCUGAAGAAUGUGGAGAACUUGAUACCAAAAGUGAAAGAUCCAAACAAAAAAGCCUAUCUGUAUCGGCUGAAAGCCAAAUUGGCUUUGAGGAGGCUCAAAAGACAUCAUCAUUUGCCUGUGUUUGAUUUGGACAAGACGGUGAAGAUCCUAGGAGGCUACAUGACAGAAGACCCGCGGGUCGUGAUGAACGCCGAGCGAGUGCUGGACAGGUUCCAGAGAUCGUAUCUAAUAGACAACCUGUGCGGCACGAUAGCCAGCACGAACUACGGCACGCUGCUGCUGUCGCGCAUCGAACCCGCGCCCUUCCGCUCGGCGUACUCCGGCGCCACGCUCAAGCCCUACAUCCGGAAAGACGCCACCUCCACACCUAUAUGGCUACAAGUUAUGGACGAACUACUCAGAAAGACUAAUCGGCACAUAAAGGAGUACGCGCCGCCCGCUCGCGGCACCAUCGACUUUUCGUACGUGCGGCCGCAGCACAUCGCCGCCGUCAACAACCUGUGCGCGCAGUUCUUCUGGCCCGGCAUCGACUUGACAGAAGCGCUGGAGUACCCCGAGUUCAGCUGCGUGGUGACGUACCGGCGCGUGGUGGUGGCGUGCGCGUUCCUCGUGCCGGACAGUGGUCACAGCGAGGCGUACAUCUCCUUCAUCCUCACGCGGCCCGAGUGGCGCCGCGCCAAGAUCGCCUCCUUCAUGCUCUACCACUUGCUGCAGACUUGCUCCGACAAAGAUGUGACCCUACACUGUUCACCGACCAACCCCGCUAUAUUCCUCUACCAAAAGUUUGGCUUCAAAGUAGAAGAGUUGAUACAAGAUUUCUACGAAAAAUACUACGAUAUCAACUACAAGGGUUGUCGGCACGCCCUGCUUCUUCGGUUAAUACGAUGAUUAAAAUACUUCAGAAACAA